AUGGCCAGGGCAGUGGUGGGGGGCGCGACGGCGGCGGCGGUGGCGCUGGGCGGCAACCUCGGGGGCGUCACCAGCUUCCUGCUCAGCCUCGACGGCGGCGUGCUGGCGGGGCGCCUGAAGCUGGACGUGCUCGUCCCAGUGCGAGGCCUGAAGCGCUGCGUUGACGCGCAGAAUGGAUUCGAGUUCCAGUACCCCGCCAACUGGCUGGGUGACCAGACGCUGGUGCAGCGCGCGGCGCAGCGUGCUGAGCGCGAGCGCGCCCUGGACCUGCCGGCGCUGCGCGGGGACGAGGCGGCGGCGGCGGCGCGGCGGCGGGGCGCGCUCGACCCUGUGGUGGCGUUCGGCCCGGCUGGCAGCACGGGCGAGGAGAACGUGUCUGUCAUCGCGGGCCCCAUCGCGCCCGGCUUCACGCUGGAGAGCCUUGGCACCCCGGACGAGGCGGCCCUGAGGUUCCUCAACACCACGGCCGCACCCCCCGGCUCGGGCUUCACGGGAACCCUCCUCUCGUCGUCACAAAGACGCGACGAGGCAGGCGUCCUUUACUACCAGUUUGAGUUCACAAUCGAGAAGGACCCCCCAAACCCUUUCUUGCGACACAACGUGUCCGUCCUCGCGGCGCGGGACGACGUACUGCUGUCACUCAACGCGCAGUGCCCGCAGGCGCGCUGGGAGCGCGACGGGCCACAGCUGGCGGCCGCCGCGGCGACAUUCAGGCUGACGCGCAAGCCGCCGGCGCGACGGCGGCGGCAGCCGUACUGA